UCCUAAUUAGUAAAGAUUGCACCAAUGAGAGAGCAGCGAUUAUUCACUCCUUUCCGUCAAACAUGGCUGAUGCUAAAAAGCGAUAUGGAUUGUUCUUUUCAAAGAAACAGAAUGGAUUUGUUCGUGGAAAACCCAGUAUUUUUGGAGAUGACAGUGAUGAUGAUGAACAAGGUGUAUUCAGUACGUCAUUACAGAAAGAAUCUCGAAAAAACAAACUGAAAAAACAGGCACAGCUAGAGAUUGAUAAAGCAUUGCAGGAUGAUCCUUCAGUUUAUGAAUACGACAAAAUCUACGAUGACAUACAAUCAGAGAAAAUCAAAACUGAUCUUUUGUUAAAAACCAAAGCAGACAAAAAGCCCAAGUAUAUUGAGGGUCUAUUGAAAGCGGCCGCGAGUCGGAAGAAGGAACAGGAGAAACGUACAGAGAGGAAGAUCCAGCAGGAACGUGAGGCGGAGGGUGAAGAGUUUAAAGACAAAGAGGAGUUUGUUACAUCAGCCUACAAGAAGAAGCUACUGGAACUACAGGAAGAAGAAGAGAGAGAAAAGAAAGAAGCCGAGAUGGAAGCUUUGUUGGACGUUACCAAACAGAAAGACCUGAGUGGCUUCUACAGGUUCUUGUAUCAACAGACAAGUGGCACAGACCCACAAGCUGACGACGAUGGUGGAGGCGGAGGGGAUGGCAGUAAGAAGCCAACAAUGGUAAAACAGGAACCAGAGGAUGUCGAGGAAGGAUUGGCAGAAAAGAAGAAUCUUUUGAAAGUUGAAGAUGUUGAGAUGAAAGUUAGCAGCCAUGACGGAGACCGACAUCAUCCGAGUGUGACCAAAGCUGAAAAAGUGUCGAAACGGAGAUCCUCUUCGUCUUCUUCGUCAUCGUCAUCGUCAUCAGACAGUGCUAAGGAGAGAAAAGAAAGCAAAGGAAGUCGCUGGGGUAAAUCUGCUGAUAAACAGAAGCCGGAGCUUUCCGGAAGCAAGAAACACAGCAGUUUUACGAGUCAGAGGAAUCAGUAUUCAGAUUCGGAUGACUCGCAGAGUGAUGACGACAGGCGGAAGCGUAAGAAGUCUACCCCUGUCACAAGAUCAAGUCCCGUGAGUCGCUCGAGGCACACCGACGAAAGAGGCUAUGGUCGCAGUAACCAUCACUCCAAAUCAAAGUCUCGCUCUCGUUCUCGUUCGAAAUCUGAGGACCGCAGGCCACAACAUAAGAAGUCAGAGACUUCAGGUCGAGAUAGAUUCUCUCGGUCAAGAUCCAGAGAUGACCGUGUACGCCGAAGGGAUUAUCGGGAUAGAAAAUCAUCACGAUCUCACUCACGGGACAGAAAAUCCCGAUCAAGAGACAGGCGGUCUCGCUCCAGAGACAGACGGUCUCGAUCAAGAGACAAACGGUCGCGAUCUAGGGACAAGAGGUCACGGUCUAGAGACAGGCGUUCCAUAUCCCGUUCCAGAGAUCGUGGGCGAUUUGACCGAUUUAAAAGGAAGCCUUACUUCAACUUCAGAAACAGACCUCGGUUCAUUCGAUACAACCGCAGAUCUCGGUCUCGGUCAAGGGAUCGAAACCGGUUUGACAGAUACAAUCGAAGGUCUCGAUCUAGAUCUCGCAACAGAGGCAGGUUCAACCGGUAUGAGAGGAAAUCUCGUUCACAUUCGAGAGAGAAAAGAUACGACAGGAGAUCUCGCUCCAGGUCUAGAGACAGGUCAGACAGGAAUGAACGCAGUCGACCAUCAUCUCACAAGCCAUCAACUUCAAGCCACACCAGUGCCAGGGGUCACUCUGAGGACAGGCACAGUGGAAGACCAUCAUCUAGGGAUCGGAAGCGAUCGGCAGAGAAAGAACUGCCCCGUGUGAGCAUUAAUGAAAGGCAACAUAGAAUGGGAGAUAAACGAAAAUCCAGGACCCCUGUGAAGGUCAUACCUAUUAACGCAUCAUCAUCAUCGUCGUCAUCGUCUGAUGGUGGUGAUGACGAUGGUGAAGACAAUACCCGUGAUCACCGUUCUCGCGAUUACAAUCAUGAUGAUGACGACCAGGGUAAUAAUAAUAAUAACAGCUGCGAUGGUGGCGGGAGCGGCAGCAGCGAUCACCACCCCCACCAUCGCAAUCAUGACAAAGAGAAAGAAAGCAAGACCCCUGAGGUUAUCGAUUUAGACACACCCCCAAUUGUACCCGAGCAGCUGCAGCCCUGCCUGCCUGCCCCACCAGUCUCUUCCUCUCCCUCUCCCCCACCACUUCCAUCUGCUCGUUGCUCCCCCCCGCCACGCCUGCCCUCACCCCCUCCAAUUAGUGAGUCAAAAGUGAACAGUGACAUUGCUAAAGAGAAAUCUGACUCCAAAAGUGACAUUCCCCCCAAAUAUGCCAAGCACACGGUUGGCCAGUCCCUCCUCGAUGCACAGGAACGAUAUUUUAAACGCAAGAUAACUCAGAACCCAGCCAUAGUCCCAGCAGAAAGCAACUGAAGCACAUUAUUAUUAUUAUUAUUAUUAUUAAAUGAAAUUUUUUCUUUAAAAUAAGUUUUCAGUGUGUGUGUGUGUCUGUGUGUGUGCAUAGUAGUGUCUAUAUAUAUUAUAUAUAUACA